UAGAGUUUGUCAUCGGGAGCGAGACAACCACAAAAUCCAUCCGUGAGAAAUCGAAAUUCAAUGAACAACCACGAAGACAGUGAGCCAAAUAGUCGUGAGGAAGAAAUGAAUGAUUCUCAUGAUGUUCAGGCUCCUGAUCUUAAUGUACUCCCAUCGGCACCCGUGACAACAACGUAUGAGGCGGUUGAGAACACUGUGGCGAUUCUUGGGAAUGCUACCAUUGUUGAACUGUUCGGCAUUGGUGGUCGAGAUCCGUGUAAGCAUUGUGGUGCUAAAUUGUGGCAUCAUGAAAGAAAAUGGACAAAGAUGUGUUGUCGAAAAGGUACAAAGCGUUGUCCUCUAUGGGAAUGACCCUGCGAAGGCUCCCCGGAAAAAUACUUUUUGCAUUGAAACUAUUUUGGCGGGCAUAAGGUCCCGUUCUGCCAUUGCACUGACCAUCGCGUCCAAUGGGAUAGCGACGACUCUUUUGACGGCGGGUCGAACGUUUCACUCACGAUUUCGCGCACCUUUGAAACUUGAUAACACGCGUCUCUUCUUGAUUCUAAAACAAAGUGAUAUUGCGGAGCUUAUCCGCCGUGCCGACUUGAUUGUUUGGGACGAGGCUCCAAUGAGUAACAAGUUUCAUUUGGAAGCUCUUGACAUUACGCUUCGGGACCUCUGUGACAACGACGAGCCGUUUGAUGGGAAAGUUCUACUUCUUGCUGGGGAUUUUAGACAGGUUUUGCGAGUUGUAAAACACGGAUCGCGAGCGCAACAAAUUGAUGCGUCCAUGAAAAUGUCUCCUUUGUGGAAAAUUUUUGAGGUUCAUCAACUGACCGAAAAUAUGCGAAUCUUAAGCUUGGGGAAUGAUGAAAUGACACGAAUGUAUGACCACUUUUUGAUGCAAAUUGGGAAUGGUGACCAUCCUUGUGUUCUUCCUAAUGAACCUGCUGCGGUCAGAUUGCCACGUGAGAUUUGUACGGAUAAACCGAUUGAUGAGUUGAUUUCAUGGACGUUUGAUGAUGUGUCAAACCAUGUCGGGGAUGCCGAUUAUUUCUUGCCUCGAUUAAUUUUAUGCUCGACUAAUGACGAUGCCGGUUCUGUUAACAACCGUGUUCUUGACGACUUUCCUGAGGAGCGCCCCGACUACAAAUGGCAGAUCCUAUCUAGCCUAUCUACAAUGCCGCUGGUGACGUCAACAGCUUCACGAAGUACGAGCAGAUCGCGGCCAAUGCCGUUCGCAUCAAGCACCAGAGGUAUUUAUAUGAUGGACCUGACCACAACCCCUACUGAUAUGCGACCACUGAGCGCCCCUUCUGAGAGCGGAAGUUCUUCUCCUGGUACCCCUGUGUCAGACACGCCACCUCCAACCAGCAGCGGGGUUCCUUCAGGCGGCCAGCUGCAGUCACCACCACCCAAACCAAGCCCGACAGAUAGCGACUCGGGUUUGGAUAAUGUCCAAUCCCCUGGUGCUAAGGGAAAUAAGACAAAGAAUGGAGCCGCAGGCUUGGCUCUAGGAAGGGGACUUCAAUUCUACCUUUUCCUGCUUGCGUUCCCACUGGCAGUGGCGAGCUCGCUGUUCUAGAUAUCUCUUCCAUUCUUCAUCUACAGAAGGAAAAAAAUGCACUCGCUACACAGUUCUUUCAUCGCUGGUGAAGCCUGUCCUUUGCUGCACAUCUCUCCGCCAAAUUAGAUCCGCAUGUGCAUUAUCCCCCCUAGCAAUUGCCCAUCUUUAUUCCUCCACCUUCCCUCUUUCCCAUGCACACCCGACCCUGUUCUGUGCACAUGUUGCCGAGAUGCAAUCGCAUUGCACUUAGAAAAGGCAAACCACUUACUAUUUCCAUGCAAGAAAUGUCACUCAUGCAAAAUGGGUUUGGGGUAGUAAGUAGUUGUGGUGAUGAUGUAGAUGGUACACAGGCUGAUGAUCUUGCUGUGGAGGAGAAAAUUGUCGAUCACCUGAUGGAAGUGGCUACAGAUGUUUGUGCUCAAUGGCUUCAAGGCAUCAGGAGCUUGUAAAUGUGCGUACGUGUGCAUGUGUAUGUGUUUGUGUGUGUUCAUGUGCGCGCGCACAUGUGUGUGUGUGUGUGUGUGUGUGUGUGUGUGUGUGUGUGUGUGUGUGUGUGUGUGCAAAGUGUUGACGGGUAAUGCAUAUGUGCCUUCAGGGGGGUUGGCACGGUUGCAAGGAAACCGGUAGUGGGUGGGUGGGUGGGCGGGUGCGUGGCUGUGGAUGUGUGCAUGCAUCACAGGGCAAAGGGAAUGAACACCAAUUUUGACU